CCGGUUACGCUCCUGUUUCCCAUAAUUCAGAGAGACAAACAAAAAGCCUCUGGUUGCGUCUUAAUAUCAUUAAGUCAUAAAUAACUAUGUAAUUAUUAUUUUGAGACAUUUCUAAAACACAGUUUUAAAUACACCUGAGCUUUUUUAAUUCACUGUUUGUAAUUCAGUGUAAAUGUAUUGAGCUGUCGUAAGGAUGUGUUCUCAUCGAAGCCUCCGAAGAGCAUGUCACUGAUCCUGUUUGCCUUUGUGGUCCGGGUCAGGGAUGGACUCCCUCUCUCCGCCUCCACUGAUUUCCUGCAUAACAAGGAACUUCAGGAGAGAAAGCAACAGCUGAAAGUGAUCUCAAAAUCCCUAAGUUUAUUACCAGAGAGAGGGACAGUCAGGGGCCAUGAACUCAACAUUCACUUCCUCUCAUCCGAGGGUGUGUCGUACAUGACCGUAUGUGCAUGCAGUCUCCCCGCUGCCACAGCCUUCUGCUUCUUAGAAGACUUGCGCUGGGAAUUCACAGCAUGCUUCGGCAACUCUGCAGUGACCCUGGCAAGCAGGCCGUACCCAUUUCUGGAGUUUGAUAGUGCAAUUCAAAAACUCCAGCAGCAUUAUAACCAGAAAGGGGGUCCAUCUCUGGAGGUGACCCUGGCCGAGGUGCAGGAAGACCUCAGGACCAGCCCCCCUCAGGUUCUUACCAUGGAGGACGUGGCACUCACCAAUGGAGCAGCCAAUGGGCAUGUAGAAGAAGCAGCUGCGUCAGGUCAAAGUCAGAGAUUGGAACCAAUCUCAGCACCAGGGAUCCUCUCACUGGUUCUUAACAUCAUGUGUGCUGCCCUCAACCUUAUACGUGGUGUUCACCUUAUUGAAUACACCUUCCAGGAUGAUUAUGAUGGUUUGUGGAAUGUGGUGGCUUUUCUUUUGGCAUUUCUCUGCUGUGUUUGCCAGUGUCAUCUGUACUUGUUCCAUACCUGCCAGAAGAAAUUGAAAGCCUUCACUCUCCUGACUCUCAUCAUCUUUUGCAAUGCUUUUCUCUUUGGCCCGAGGAACAUCUGGCAGCUGGUCUUCCACAUGUCCGUGGCCUGCCUCUCCACGCUGCUAACCCUCCACCGCAAACUGCUGGACAGGAACAUGGACUGUGGAGUAUGAGGACUUCAGGAGCAGGGUGAGAUACUAGCAGAAAGGAGGAGACAUUUUACUCAUGAACUGGUGGCUCACGUAAACUUGAUAUUGAUUUUCGCUUCAUCUCUUGCUUUGAUCUACUGGUAUGAUGUUUAUUUUGUAUUACGUAGAUGGUGAGUGCAAUGAUGUUUUUUACAGGGGUCUUCAAAUACAUUGAUGAAAAAUCAAGUUGUUAAAUGACAUGUCGUGAGUGUAAUAUGGAGGAAUUGAUGAACAGACAUGAAGUAAGCAUUUUGUUGUUUCUGUUAAGUUAAUUUAAUUUUAUUUAUUUGCUGCAAAAUAGGAAUACUUACCAUUGUUUAAGCUAACUUAAACCUAAUCUAUUUGUAGGAAGGGUUCAUUUUGUUGUAAUAAAAACUAUAAAUUCACAUAUAUUAUGUGUAAUUAACCUAAAGUGGGCAUGGUAGGGAAUUCAGUACAUUUUUUUUUUUUUGGACUGUGUCGUUUAAUUAUGGCUAUACUCAAUAUCUUUUUUUUUUUGUUAAUUAUAUUAGUACUAUAAUUUGUAUACAAAGCACAUUUAUGUUGGUCUUAUGUCAUUUUCUACACAAGAUAAUUUUGUGUAGCCUUUCUACAAUACUCGUUCCAAAGACUAUAAAUCUGAAAUCAUUUCAACAAAUUAUCAUAAUUCUGCAUUCAUUCUUGGCAUGAUGUAGAGAAGAAGAACAGGGGCUUAAAAAGUUGCAGGAGCGUGCAAGUCUUAACAAAAAUAACAAAAACAGAUCAUAAUUAAAA